CGGGGCGGGCCCGGAAGCCGUGGCGCUGGGACGAGCCGGGCCAUGGCUGCGAACCUGAGCCGGAACGGGCCGGCGCUGCAGGAGGCCUACGCGCGCGUGGUCGCCGAGAAGUCCCCGACCGACUGGGCUCUGUUUACCUAUGAAGGCAACAGCAAUGACAUCCGUGUGGCUGGCACUGGGGAGGGGGGCCUGGAGGAGGUGGUGGAGGAGCUCAACAGCGGGAAGGUGAUGUACGCGUUCUGCAGGGUGAAGGACCCCAACUCUGGCCUGCCCAAGUUUGUCCUCAUCAACUGGACGGGCGAGGGCGUGAACGAUGUGCGGAAGGGUGUGUGUGCCAACCACGUCAGCACCAUGGCCAGCUUCCUGAAGGGCGCCCACGUGACCAUCAAUGCAAGGGCCGAGGAGGACGUGGAGCCUGAGUGUAUCAUGCAGAAGGUGGCCAGGGCCUCGGGUGCCAACUACACUUUCCACAGGGAGAGUAGCCGCUUCCAGGACAUGGGCCCUCAGGCCCCAGUGGGCUCCGUGUACCAGAAGACCAAUGCCGUGUCAGAGAUCAAGAGGUUCGGCAAAGACAGCUUCUGGGCCAAAGCAGAGGAGGAGGAGGAGCAGCGGCGGGCCCAGGAGAAGCAGCGGGCGGAGCAGGAGCGGCAGCAGCUGGAGCAGGAGCGCCGGGAGCGGGAGCUGCGGGAGGCCGCCCUCCGGGAGCAGCGCUACCAGGAGCAGGGCCAGGAGGCCAGGCAGAGCAGGAAAUCUGAGCAGCAGGAAGUGGUUUCGAGGAGCAGAGAGGAACAGGAGCCUGGUCAGCAGUCACCUCGGCAGAUGUUCAUGCAGAAGGAGAGAGCCGUGUCCACCGCAUCCACCUCCAGCCCCCAGCCAGGCAAACUGCGGAGCCCCUUCCUACAGAGGCAGCUCCCCCAGCCAGAGAGCCCCCUCGGCGGGGAGAGGGCUCACGCCGCCUCAAGGCCCAGCGCAGGUGUCUGUGAGCAGCCCGCGCCCCGUGCCCCUGAGUGCCUGGUGCAGGCGGAGGAGGAGGCCCUGUACGAGGAGCCCCCAGAGCAGGAGACCCUCUACGAGGAGCCCCCCACGGGGGAGCAGCAGGACAUGGGCUCUGUGCGUGUGGACCACUACCCCGGGCUGAGCGGGAAGGGCCUCUGUGCCCGGGCCCUGUACGACUACCAGGCAGGUACCGUGCCAACCCCCCCCCCCCACAGGCUCCUCAGGGGGGCAGCCCCAGGGGUGUCAGAAGACAGGAGGGCGAGAGAGGAGCAGGCCUCUCUGUGGGUCCUAGGCAGCUCUUCAUCCACAGCGUGACUCCCCUGUGCCACCCUCGUCGUAGAGCCUGAAGGUGUGACUGAGAGGUGGCUCUGGGGGUGGCCUUGGUGCGGGAGGAAGUGCUGUCUCCAGCCUUUGGCUGGGACGGGCCCAGAGCCAGGCCCUAGGGGAAGGUGUGUAGGGAAA